CGGGAGGCGCGCGCCAAUACCCGCGAACAACGGAGGCUUUCCGUUUCCAUGGGGAGUUUAAGUAUUCUGCGUGCGCGUGUCACUCUUCCAAGUUUUUAUCUCUACGGCGUUGAGAGCCUGAGGCUUCAUUCCCGCAGUAGUAAAGUUCGCUUCCCGGUUUGCGCAUGUGCAGUGGGAGCCGCGGCUCUUUGACAGCGACUUGUCAUGGCGGUUUCUUCGGCGGCUGUUCCGGCUGCGGUGCCGCUGGAGCACGAGAACCAGAUCUUCCUGGACCUCUUCCACGACGACGGGCUGGUGGUGUGCGCCCGCGGGCUGGGCAUCGACCGCCUCCUCCUGCGCUUCCUCCGCCUUUACUGCGAGCCGGCCAGGCUGGUGCUGGUGCUGAACACCAGCCCGGCAGAGGAGGUAGGCAGAGGCGCCGCGGGGCCCGGGAGGAGCUUCCCUCAGUCUCUGCUAUUCGGAGAGGCUGCUCCGCUUCUCAGGGCAGGGGUCCUCACAAGGCAACGUGCAAAAAACACCCCCCCCCCGAAAAAAAAGACAAGCCCAGGCACGCAAACAAACAUUGGGAAAUGGAGAAUUGCACCCCUCCCAAAUGAGCUGCAAAAGCACCGGUCGAAAGAAAGACUUCUUGAAAGUUCCUUUAAAAGGCACUAUAUGCGGUGUUUCCCAAGCUUGCUGUUUUCGGACUACAUUACCCAUAAUCCCCAACCACAUCAGAUGUCAAAGAAAUCAACAACUAUCUGACGUUUAGAAGACAUCUGAAGGCAGCCCUGUUUGGGGAAGUUUUUAAUGACUGAUGUUUUAAUGUAUUUUUAAUAUUUGGUUGAAAGCUGCCCAGAGUGGCUGGAGAAACCGAGCCAGAUGAGCGGGGUAUAAAUAAUAAAAUUAUUAUCAUCAUCGUCAUCAUCAUUAUUACGGGUCUUGCCAGCUACAGAUGAUGGGAGUUGUAGCCCCAAAACAGCUGGAGACCCAAGGUUGGGAGACACUGCACUAGAGCAAGAGAUGUGUGAACUUCAUGGAAGAUGUUAUGGGGCCAGCACCGAAAAGGGCCUAUUCCUAGUACACCUGCCCAGGGAGGGAGUUACUGGUUUGCGAGUGGUUUUUUUGUUCUUGUUUCUAUUACGUAUUUUGUGUUUUUUGCUUUGUGGUUUUAUGCUGUGAACUGGGGAAAGUUGCCUGUGUCUCAGACUGUAACUAAGCUUGAAUACACGCAUGUCAUGAGUCCUGUGGAGCCAUCUUGGUGGUCGUGUCAAGAUAAGGAGUGAAAGGAGCUUGAAGGACUGGAGGCCAGUGUUUGGGGAGGAACACAGUGGGUUGGGAUGGGCCUCAGGCCUCCUGAGACAUCAGAGUUGCCCAUGGGGAUGCAGCAGUUGAGGAGGCUGAUCCUGGGGAGGGACCUAGCGUCCUGUCAUUCAGUCUAAACCAGUCUGGCCUCUCGCCCUGCCAGAGCCUUCUCUUCCUUUAAUUCCUGCUGGCAAGCCUCUACCUCCAGAGAAGGUGCCAGGUGCCAAAUUUAGUUUUGCACAGGUGCUGUCUCCUCCUCUUGUCACCUAGAUCACAGAGAUGCCAGUGCCUGCAUCAGCUCAGGCCCAAUCCACCAGAAGCAGUUCCCGUUUACCUGCCCAGUCAAAAGAUGCCACACACUCUGCACUAAGCCAUGCCUGCUCCACUCCUUUAUCACAGGAGUCCGGGGACCAGUGUUUUAGCUUGCUUUGCCAUGCCUUGCACCUGUUGUGCCUUUGGCCCUUGCUUAGUACCCUAGUGAUUUGAGCAUUAAAGUUUCUAAAGGUGAAGGGACCCCUGACCAUUAGGUCCAGUCAUGGCUGACUCUGGGGUUGCGGCGCUCAUCUUGCUUUAUUGGCCGAGGGAGCCGGCGUACAGCUUCUGGGUCAUGUGGCCAGCAUGACUAAGCCGCUUCUGGCGAACCAGAGCAGCACACGGAAACGCCGUUUACCUUCCCGCCGGAGCGGUCCCUAUUUAUCUACUUGCACUUUGACGUGCUUUCGAACUGCUAGGUUGGCAGGAGCAGGGACUGAGCACCGGGAGCUCACCCCGUCGCGGGGAUUUGAACCUCCAACCUUCUGAUCAGCAAGUCCUAGGCUCUGUGGUUUAACCCACAGCACCACCUGCAUCCCUCAUUAAAGUUUCUACUAGAAACCAAAAUCAGAACGAAAGUAGAUCAGUUCGUAGAACGUGAGGCUCUUGAUCUCAGGGUCAUGGGUUUGAGCCCCACAUUAGGCAAAAGUUUCCUGCAUUGCAGGGGGCUGGACUAGAUGAUCCUUGUGGUUCUUUCCAACUAUUUUAUGAUUCUAUGAAUUUAUUCAUCCUGCGGGAGCCAGGGCAGUGCAAGUGAAACAACAGCUUGAUUUUUCUCUGUUUAUACCUGCCUCCACUGCUCAUCCCAUCCCUCAGUCCUCCACCCUGUGUUUAAUUUUAGAUUCUAUCUCCUUGGAGCAGAGACAUGUUCUCUUAAACCAAGUGUGAGGAACCUUUGGGUCUCCAGAUGUUGCUGAAUUACAACUCCCUUCAGCCCUCAAGAACAUGGUCAGUGGAUGGACAUUUUAGUUCAGCAACAUCUGGAGGGACAAAGGUUCAUUAAGCUCUGUAAAACACCAGGCAUGCUGACUGUGCUAUAUGCAUGAGAAAUAAUAAUUGUUUAUUUUAAGCAUUUCCUUCCCACUUUUCAGCUGACAAGGUCCCCAAUGGCAGGUUAUGUAAAAGCAAUAUGAAUAAUGGGUUUUUAAAAUAGCAUUUCUUUUUUAAAAAAUAAUGUGGUCUAUUUAAAGAGGUGCUAACUAGAUGCUGCUUCCCUUAUUCACAGGGCUGUUUGUUCUAUAAGGCAGUGAAAAUAUAAAUAAAGCACAGGUGUCAGAAACUGAACAAAUAAGAAACAGUGGCAGAUAAAACCAAAACUUGUAUGAAAUGACAGAAGAACCUCAAAAAACCAAAGGUGUAUUGAAACCAAGCAGUAUUCAAUCAAUAUCUGAUUCAGAUGACUCUCCAGAUGUUGAUGAACUACAUCAGCUCCAGCAUGGCCAGCGACCACAGAGGAUGGGAAUUGCAGUACAGCAACAUCUGGAAGGGGAAGGGGUUCCCCACACUUGAUCUAAAUGCAGAUGCCCAGAGGGGGGCACUACUGAAAAGGCCCCACUGCAGGUCUGUGUCAAUCUGACCUGACAUUAGGUUGGGAGGACCAUGAGCAAAGAGCACAGGUGGUAUCUUGCUCAUAUAAUACUAUGAAACAAUGAAAUUAACUUUUUAUACAAUGUCAUGCAUUAUUCCUAUUUCUAACAGUGUUAAUUAAAGUUUAAAUGCCAGGAUCAGACUAAAAGUGCAGAAAAGCAAAACAUAACAAAAAUAAAGUAAAGUAACAGCAACUUUUUUAAAAGUCAGUUUUUAAAAGCAGCAGGUCAAGUCUUUAAGCUUCAUCAGAAUUAUGAUUUAAUGGAGUGUUGGACUCUGGGCAAACCUUAGGUGCUCAGCCGACUGCUAUGCCUACCCUAUUGCUGUGGCUCACUAGCUCUUACACACUAAGAAAGCAAUGGAAUUGGGAUUUGUAUUUUCAGCAUGAUUCAAAGCAUGUUUACUCAGAAGUAAAUAUUGGUGAUUCAGCUAUCAGGCAAUGUCUCAUCUGCCCUAAUGGAUCAGCCUGCACUGCUGGUUGAAACUCAGAGCAGGAGCGUUCCACCGUAACGUUUUGUUGGCAGGUCCCAUUGAUUACUGAAUAUUUAAUAUUGUAUUUAAUCAUAGCUUUUGCACUGCUUCUUACUCUACAGCCGCACAAAGUAUCUCCCUCCCCCCUUACUCUGCAUUGGAUUUGUUGUGAAUAAUCUUAUUUUGGUUUUAGGAGUUUUUUAUCGACCAGCUGAGGACCGAUAACGUAGCUCAUCUUCCUCGACGCGUCACAAAUGAAAUCGCAAGCAGCAACCGCUAUGAAGUUUACACCCAAGGGGGUGUCAUUUUUGCCACCAGCCGGAUUCUGGUGGUGGAUUUUCUGACCGACCGAAUCCCUUCAGAUCUUAUCACCGGUAAGAUCUUACCACGAGAGAAAGCGGAUUCGAACCCUCUUCCCCGCCCACCGCUCAGAAUGUUAACAUAAUCUAAGUUUAGGCUGAGAAACAUGGCUUCCUCAUGCUAACUCAUGCACAAUUCUGCAGAUAUAAAGUUUAUUGCUUCUCAUUGUUGAAAUGGCACCUUGCUCUUCUACAAUAGAGAGUCUUGUGACACCUCAAAGACUGGGCUGAUACCCCCACCAUACAAUUAAAGCAUUCAUGGACAGUCUUGGGAACUGUAGUUCAUUAAGGGUGCUGAGAAUUUACCGUCCUCAGGAUUCAUCAGGGGGGAAGCCUUGACUGUUAAAGAGGAAUAAGACUGCUUUAAAUAGAUGCGGUGUCAUAAAAACUUUCUCCCACUAGAGGUCAGUAUGACAAAGCCUUGAUUAGAUCCUAUGCUGAGCAAGCUGCAGAUUUGUGACCAAGCCAUGCAAGCGUCUCUGGAGUUUAUCCUGCCUAGUGUUCAAUUUCCAUAUGCUGAGAACCAGUGUAGUAUAAGGGAUACAGAGUGGGAAAGAUGUAGAGAAGCUGGGGUUCCAAGUUGAGCCUUGAAGCUCACUCAGGCACCUUGAACCAGUCUGUCUCUUCAGUCUAACCACCUACAGCAGGGAUACGGAACUUCAGGCAUGAAGGCUGAAUGUGGCCCUCCAAGCCGUUCUGCCUGGCCCUUGAGUCUCUGCUCAGAGGGUCACACCUCUCUCUGUCCCUGCCUGGUUUCCUCCUGGAGUGUUUCUGCCUGGCUGGAAUUUGUCCUUCUGAUAACGCCUUACUUCUUUGGCUGGAAAGGGGUGUGCGAAUGUGUGCAGAAACUAGCCUAGUGAUACAAAGGUAAAAUUCAAAUUCAUAUGUAUCGCUCUACCUUCUUUUGCCACUGGCCUUGCCCUCCACUGAAUGUGGGAAUGUGACCAUCUCAGGCUAUAAAAGCUUCCUCAUCUGCAGGAUGGGUGUCAGGUCGAGAACCAACUAUGUUACUUGGAGCUUUGGGGAGGAAAGGGGGGAUAAACAUACAGGGUUGUUGCCAACUUGCUUUUACUUAAGAGUAGAUCCAUUGAAAUUAAGAGACUUAACCAUGUCUAUUCAUUCCAGUGGGUCCACUCUGAGUAGGCUUACCAUUGGAGAAAACUUACAGUAUUAAUAAAACUGUACCUAUUUUAAAAAUCUGCUGUGGCUCAGGGCGCAGAAAAGGAUGUCAAUAGCUGUAUUCAGCUCUAUAAGUUAGUAUGACACCCUUACCCUAUUUAAAAAUAAAAUAAAAAAUAUUUUCCCUAUAAGAGUAGGGAUGGGGAAACAUUUUCAUUCUGUGAGUUACUUUUCUUUCCGAAGGGCAUGUUCCAGAGUUGGGUGGGGCCAGAGGCAAAAGUGGGUGCAGCCAGAAAAGUAAAUUUUACCUUUGUACCAUAGGCAAGCUUCUACACACACACACGCAGCCCUAUCAGUUAUCAGAGUUCAAGGACACGUUCCAGCUAGGCAAAAGCAUUCAGGGUGUUAAGGAGGGCCAAGGAAGGUUGGGGCCUAAGAAGAAUUCCUAGGGCCUGGUAGAGAAGCCUGGGGGUUCCCCACUGCCUUAUAUAGGGAAAUGACCAAGUGUUUAAAGGUGGAUCCCAAAAGGAAAUGCAGUGCAAAUCAUACUCUUAGAUGUGAUUCCAAUCCACUGUCUUCACAUGUCCUAGCACGUUGCAGAGGAUUUUAUUGUCGCCUUGUUUGCUUGUUGUCCUUUUGUUACCAAAAUGCAAUUAUUUCUUACAAAUAGUUUAAAGCAACAAGGUAGCAGGCUCCCACUUUACCUGUAUGGUUGGUUUUAUUUCCAGUGUUCAGGCUGCAAAUGCCAUUGCACCGUUGCUGCGUUCCGAGAAUGCUCCUAUAAAUAAAUUAAGGUCGGGGGUUCUUGCCAUCUUUCUUAUUUGGUUUGUUGUUUUGAGUAGAAACUACCUUUUCCUACUUACCGGUAAUUAACACAUUUUAAAUUGUUGCAGCAUUUUCACUGGCGCGGCAUUGAAGGCGGGAAAGAUCUGAGCCCUGCUGAAUUCCAUCAGUGGGAAAAAAGCCGAAGGAAAGUUAGAUGGUGUCAUGCUCUUUUUAAUUGGUUGAACCUUUGAAACUCAUGACCUACUCUGCAAAAUAUCACGUCCUGUGCUUUAUUGCUGUUUUCUUUGCUUUUCUCUUGUAUGUAUGACCCGAGUUUAUUCGUCUUGUUGUUCUGCCAGGUAUUUUGGUGUACAAAGCCCACAGAAUCAUUGAGUCUUGCCAGGAAGCUUUUAUCUUGCGACUCUAUCGCCAGAAGAACAAGCAGGGUUUCAUUAAGGCCUUUACAGACAAUGCCGUGGCCUUCAGUACGGGCUUCUGUCAUGUGGAAAGAGUGAUGAGAAAUCUCUUUGUGAGGAAGCUUUACCUCUGGCCAAGGUGAGGCCAUUCUUCCUUGGUAACUGGGCAGAUGAACUGAUCACAGCCAGGGCAGAUAAUGUUGAUCAGCAGCAAUUAUGCAAAAACAGAACCUCCAGGAAUCAGGAGCAGUAUUUCUUCGGUUUCCUGCUGCUGGGGACCAAGGGAAAUGAUGGGUGCUCCUAGACGUGCAAGGUGAGCAGUAAACAGGGCGGGCACAAGACUUUGUGCCACCUGAGGUGAAGUGGACCAGCUGCUGCCAAUCCAUGUGCUGACCACUCCUGCUACCUUAUCCUUCUGCUUUAGUCUCCUGCGACCGCAUAAGUGGUGGCAGAGUAGGUGUUCCCAAGGCUCUCUACGACUAUCUAACCCUUGUCUACUUCUGAGGGGCAUCAUUCAUUUAUUUGACUUAUUAGUUGCUACAAAAAGAGUCUCUAAGCGGCUUCCAAAAUGCGGGGAAAGCCAAAACGGAAGAAUAGAUAAAACAUGGCAUUUACUGUAUUUUUCGCUCUAUAAGACGCACCAGACCACAAGACGCACCUAGUUUUUGGAGGAGGAAAACAAGAAAAAAAAUAUUCUGAAUCUCAGAAGCCAGAACAGCAAGAGGGAUUGCUGCGCAGUGAAAGCAGCGAUCCCUCUUGCUGUUCUGGCUUCUGGGAUAGCUGCUCAGCCUGCAUUCGCUCCAUAAGACGCACAAACAUUUCCCCUUACUUUUUAGGAGGGAAAAAGUGAGUCUUAUAGAGCAAAAAAUACGGUAAUUAAAACUGUCCCGAUAACCCAGGGUUCAGCAACCUAAGGCCCAUGGGCCAGAAGUGGCCCGUGGAGGCUGUAUGACCGGCUCAUGAGCCGCUCCCGAACCGAGCCUCCCGCUCGCGCACUGUGCUAAACCAGCACAGUGCAGCACAGGGACUCACUUCUGUGGUGCCAGAAAUCGCGUCUGCGCAGAUGCCGAAAAUCGUGGGCAGGCGCGCUCACGCAUGCACGCGAUCCAGCCCACGGAGGGAUCUCCGCGGGACCGAUCUGGCCCAAGCAAGAUAAACCUUGCUGACCCCUGCAAUAACCCAUAAACAAGCCCAGCAAAAAACCAAAAAGGCCCCAUCAGGAGCACCAUAGGAGUGAGGCAUUGUGGACAGGGAGCUCACAUCUAUUUUUGCCUUUUCUUGUCCAGGUGGGGGAAGAGGCUUGGGAUUUGCGUGGGUCUCUUGACAUCCUUCUCCCUAACACCAGCCCGCCUUUCUCUUCCCAGGUUCCAUGUAGCAGUGCACUCCUUCCUAGAGCGGCACAAGCCCGAAGUGGUUGAAAUGCACGUCAGCAUGACCCCGGCCAUGCGAGCCAUCCAGAGUUCCAUUCUGGACAUCCUGAACGCGUGUUUGAAAGAACUAAAGCAGUGCAACCCGGCUCUGGAAGCGGAGGAUCUGUCGCUGGAAGAUGCUAUCGGGAAAGCAUUUGACAAGGUAGCUCUUUCAACUGUCGCUCGUUUUUGUUCUUGGAAUUUUCUUAUCGGCCUCUAGCGGUUUUUUUUAUAUGGGCACAGGCAAUGCAAUCAGCGGCAUCGGGGUCCUUGGCUGCUACACCAUCCUCGAAGGGCUGUGAUUGUUCCCUGUGAUGAUGAGCACAGCUUUAAGAAGGAACUGGACAACCUGCAGCCUCCCAGGUGUUGUUGGACUCCGACUCUCCUCAUUCCCAGCCAAUGUGGCCAAGGGUCAGGAAUAACCGAGAGUAUGCAGGAUCAGGGCAGCGGCCCAUCUAGUCCAGCAUCCUGUUUUCACAAUGGCCAACCAGAUGCCUGUGAGAAAGAGCAGGAUUUUAGCACAACAGCACUCUCCCUUCCUGUGGUUUCAGCAGCUGGUGAAGCACUGCUCUCUCCAAUAGAGAGCCAGCAUGGUGUAGUGGUUAAGAGCGGUGGACUCGUAAUCUGGUAAACCGGGUUCGCUUCCCCGCUCCUCCACAUGCAGCUGCUGGGUGACCUUGGGCCAGUCACACUUCUCUGAAGUCUCUCAGCCCCACUCACCUCACAGAGUGUUUGUUGUGGGGGAGGAAGGGAAAGGAGAAUGUUAGCCGCUUUGAGACUCCUGAAGGGGAGUGAAAGGCGGGAUAUCAAAUCCAAACUCUUCUUCUCUUCUUCUUCAAUGGUUCUUGUCUAGCCAUCCUGGCUAGAAGCCAUCAAUAGCCCUCUCUUCCAUGAAUAUAUCUAAUCCUCUUUUAAAGCCAUUCAAGUUGGUGGCCUUCACAGCCUCCUGUGGGCGCCAGUUCCAUAGUUUAACUUUGUGUUGCGUGAAGAAAUGCAUUCUUUUAUCUGUCCUGGAUCUCCUUUGUUUUAUCUGCCUGCUGAUGGGAGUUGUCGUCCAAAAACAUCUGGAGGGCCGCAGGUUUCCCUUUUCCUGGUUUAUGCCGCUGUUAACAUUUGUUAACCAUCACUCUCUGUGCUUUUCUGCAUUUCCUUUCCUUUGGCCAUCACAGUUUACAAUUCCCUCCCACCCCAUGUAAUAUGUAUACACAGCUGUAACGUAUUCCAUUGAAAGCAGCAGAGCAUAGCUAGACAGCAUCCCAAUUCCAUUGCACUUCCCCACUUGGCUCACUUUUCUGAAUCUUCUCAGUGAUCAUGGGCAUCACUCAGUCAGGGCAGCAGUAUUCAGCUUUGUAAAGAGAUGGAAGAUUAUGUCUCGUUGGACUCCUACAAUGUCCGGCGUGGAUUCCAUUUACCUGUAUCCCAGGUGUUUGUUUGCUCAUCUGGCUGCAGAAUCAUAGAGUUGGAAAGGACUGUGGAAGUUGCCUUGUCAAACCUGUUGCUCAGGGCAGGGUCUGCGGUGCAGAAAAGUGCAACCACAGCGCCCCCAACAGAUGAACAUCUACCUGUAACUCCAGUGAAGGAGUCAAACAGCUAUGGUUUACCUAAACUUGAGGGAACUGCUGGAAUUCACGUCUGGCUGCUUUCUGCCAUGAGCCACUGAAUCUCAGGUGGCUGCCUUCUUGGUGAAGAACCUUUUGGACUGACUUCACCCAGUUAGGCAGGAAGGGCUUUCUUGUCCAGCUGUCCCUGGCUCAAACAAGACUUGUGUGUACCCUGUCUUAUCCUUGAUGCCUGGCUUGUUCUUCGCUCCUGUUUCCUCAUUUGUCCUUCUGGUCCUAUCUUACACAUAGGUUCCAACCACUGGCCUUUCUCCUGGCUCGACUCAGUCUGCUUGCCCCCAGCCCAGCCCUGACAUCUGCACAUGCUUGGGGUAGUCUCAUCUGGAUUAUGAGCUCACAUCUCUCCCCAGAGCUCAGCUCUGGCAAAUUUAAGUGCAUUCCGGAGCAGGAUCCCGGCUCAGAUGAAGGGCUUGGCUAGUUCACAAGGAGAGCAGAAUAGUGAAAUAUUUCUCUUGCCUGUGGGCCAGCUUACAAAAGCACUGCACGUUGCUUGGCAAUUGCAGAUUCAUUAAUGGCAGGUUCCCUUGUCUUCAUUAACUUGGCAAUCUUCUUUCCAGAUUGCAGAUCUGUGUUUUUUUGCAAUGAAGCGAUGCGAUCCUUUCUUUGGCAAAGUCUCUUGCAUGUCACAGGCUCAGGCAGGCCAGAGCUCUCCAAUUGACUGUCCUCCCUUCCCAACAGCUGCACUUUGUUUAGGGGAGGAAAGUCUGCUAUCUUUUUUUUUAAUGGAGGGAUUUAGACAUCUGUUAAUAGUUUAACUGUGUUUUUACAUAAAAGAGUGUUUUAUUAGCUCUCCAAGACUCUGGCUGGCUCAUUGUAAGCUUGUUAACAAUGAAAUAAACGUUCUUUUGUUUGGGCAUUGUGUGCCAGGAUCAUAACAUGGUUGGAAUUGUUCUUUGUAAAAAUCCAUAUAUCUGUGCUGAACAGCCUUGAUCUACUGACCCUGAAAGUGGAGGGGGAGAUUUCUAGUGGAACCAGCUGUGACUUUAAGUGGGCAAGCUGGUGAGCCUCUCAAGACAUGUUUGUUUAGCAUUCAUCCUGAUUUGCUUGCACAAAAGCUUACGCAGAGGUUAGACCAUGUCCGGUCUUCACUGAGCAGCCAUUCUGAUUUGUUUGUAGAACAGUUAUACAACGAGCAUUCAUCCUGAUUUGCUUGUGUGGUGUUAGUACAUCUUCCCAUUUAACUGUGCGUUCAUCCCACACUUUUCAGUGCAUUUCCUCAUGACUUUCCUAACUGCAAAAGUCUGUUGUUUUAUUUUAAAGUGGAUUUGUUGCACUAAGGUGAUAGAGCAUUAUAAUCAGCAUGCACACUUAUUUCCGUGGAAAGCACUAUUGUGUAUGCUCAUGUAUUGGCAGACAAUAAAUUGAUGGGACCCUCUCCGUAUUUAUAAUAAUGCACAUACAACUAUUCCAUUGUUGGGGGUGGGUUUUGUUUGUUUUGCUAUUUUUGUGUAACCUGUUAUAUUAAAAAUUAUUAUUAUUAUUAACACACAUUGAAUUCUAUAUAGAGGCAAUAGAGUUCAGGCAACUCCCAAUUUAUGCAGCGGUUAUGUUCCAAGGCACCACACUGUCUAAGUGAAAUUGCGUAUAUUUGAAACACCUUUGGAAAAGCCUGCAAACACCCUGCCCCACUCCCUUUCGUGACAUUUUUGGGUCUUUUCUGGGUUCGGCACAAUGCAUGGUCGCACACAUAUCAGAUAAACCUAAAAUGGUCGCUGCCUGCCAUGGGCUCCAUGUAUGAGAGUGAGAGAGUGGGUGCUGAGGGUCAGAAGGCAGGAAUUAUUGCCAGAUUGUUCAGUUGUGUUCAUGAGGACUAGAAACUUGUCUUUUUUAUUUUAAAAAGACACAAUCCAGGAUUCGGGUUCUAAAGCUGCUAAAAGUUUAGGAAGGCCUCUGAAGUUCACGUUCAGAUCAUGACAGUACUGUGUCAGCAGUUCUUUCUAAUUUUAUAUUUCUAGACAAUUCGUCACUAUCUGGAUCCUCUUUGGCACCAGCUGGGAUCAAAAACCAAAACUUUGGUCCAAGAUUUGAAGAUUCUCCGUACUUUGCUACAGUACCUGACUCAGUAUGACUGCGUCACUUUCCUUAACCUUUUGGAGUCCUUAAGAGCCUCAGAAAAAGCCUUUGGUCAGAAUUCAGGUAUGAGCAGUUUCUUCCCCGCCCCCUUUAUACAAAGGAAUCAGUUGGGCUAUUUAAAAAAAAAAGAAAAAAGAGUGAAGUUUUAAUUUAAAAAAACACACAUGUGCAUGAACGUUCCCAAAUGUUUUCAGCCAGCCAUAAGGCUGUAGGAUUUACUGACAGUGAAUAUAUUCAGCCUCCCACUGAACUUCUGUUCCUCGAAAAAGAUCUGCAAAUGUUCAUACAGAAAACCUGAUUUGUUGUUUCUUCUUUGGUCGAUAAUUACAUAAGAAGGACUUAGCUGCAGAAGAAGGAAGAACCUCAGGACAUGGAGACUGGGCUUUGAGCAGCUGGAGACGUUUGUCAGAAGUGUGGGAUCUUUGUGCCCCCGGUAUGGGCCAGUUUUACAUGAUCCUGGGGCCAGCCCUACUAUUAGCCAGAGUGAAGGUUUCCACCCACCCACCCCCUUUCAGGCUGCUGAUUCUGAAAAGAGUUCAGAUCUCCACUCAGCCAUGAAGCCUGCCAAGGGACUCUAUGUCUCCCAGCCUAACCUACCUCACAGGGUUGUUAUGAGGAUAAAAUGGUGAGGGGAGGAAUAAUGAGAAGCUUGAGCAACUUGGAUGAAAGGUAUGAUGAUAGUGAUAAGAAUAAUAUAGUGCCUGGAGCUGGCCAUAUCAUCAGCAGUGUCAAGUGAGAAAGCUUCUUCCUGGACUGAGAGAGGAAGUGGGAGUGUGUAUGUUCCAUGUUUGGUUACACUAGGUAGAUUAAAUCUGGGACAUCAGGGCAAAAUUACAGGACUAGAUACAUAGACUCACCCCGGUAUAACAAGGCUGUGCUCUUUGCUCCACUUUAAAGUAUUUAGGGCCAUAUUAUAUUGCUUGUUACCACAUUUUAAAAUAUUUUUUAAAUUUAUUAUUUAUACCCCGCCCAUCUGGCUGGGUUUCCCCAGCCACUCUGGGCAGCUUCCAACAGAACACUAAAAUACAAUAACCUAUUAAACAUUAAAAGCUUCCCUAAACAGGGCUGCCUUCAAAUGCACCAAGGCAGUGUGCUGGGAUGUGUGUCCCCCCCCCAAAAAAUAACCCCUUGUGAGGUAGGCUAGCUAGGUUGAAAGAUGGAAAUAAAAGCAUGCUUCUUUCUUCAAAGUUGUUGUUUUUAUCCCUGCAAAACUAAUUUGAAGUGAUGGGGAAAGAAGGGGGCUAAAGAAAUUAGUGGGCAUUUUGUAAUUGCAGCCACGGAUAUAUAUUUGUCUCCCUCCAUCUGCUAGGUUGGCUUUUUCUCGAUUCUAGUACGUCAAUGUUUCUAAAUGCUCGGGGCAGAGUGUAUCGCCUCCCAGAUGACAAAGCAAAGAAAAAAAGAAAAGCUGCCGAAAAAGCAGAUAUCGGAGGAGAAGGAAAAGGUACAGCAAAACCUUUUCAUUUAUUAAAUAGUAAUGGGUGCUUUUAUUAUGAUGAUGGCAUCAGUGUACUUUGCAGGGUACAAGAGGGCAUGUCCCUGCCUUGAUAACGUUGUAAUAAUACUGUAAGCUUAUUUCAUGUUUCAGUAUAAAUGGCACAGUGAUCGGAGAGGGGAGAAUAGGAGUCUGAUGUUGAACUCUGUGUUGACAAUUAGCAAACUCUAAACACACACACACACACACACACACACACACACACACACACAUGUAUUUACUUUAUCCAUGGCGAUAACAGAGAGGAUUUUAUUAAGGCUUAAUUUGGACAUCACAUGAACCCAUAGUUAAAGAAGCAUAACAGUAGUUUAAACUUUAGAGGAUAUCUAAGUUAGCAAACCAUGGUUUGUGAUGGAGUGGCAAGCCAGAGGUGCCUUUGCAAGGCUUGAUCACCUGGUGUCUCCAGUUAAAAGGAUCUCUUUUAUAUUGGAUGGAGCAAUGGUCUGACUCAGUACACAAUAGCUUGGUGGGUCUUCACUGACCAGUCACAGUUGCAGCCACCACAAGAGGCUGCUGUACUGAUUCAGAAUUUAUGAAUCUGAGGCUAUGUGCACACAUUCAAAGCAUAUAACACCUGCGAAGAAUCCUGGGAACUGUAGUUUGUUAGAGGUGCUGGGAUUUUUAUCUCUCUGGGGACGGGUAAACUGCAGUUCCCAGAAUUCUUUGCAGGGGGUGGGGAUGUGCUUUAAAUGUAAGGUAUAUAUGCAGCCUGAGUGUAAGAGGCCAGAAAGCCAACAAGCAGCUCUAAAUCAUACAGGGCCGGAUCCAGACCAAGUUAGGUCCCAUCCCAUUCAGUUAAUUCAUGCUCAGCUUGUGCUUUCAGCCUGGACGUUUGUUUGUUCAAUGGGACACAAUCUAUCUAUAAGUGCCAGGCGGAUUCCCCAGCAUUCGUAAAGCGUCCGAGAAAGGUGUAAUGAGAAAUUCUUAAUUCCCCACUCAUCCACUGACCUUGUGUUCCAGACCAGAAAAGGGAGUUGAUCCUGGAAAGCAACCCAAAGUGGGAGGCUCUUGGAGAAGUCCUGAAGGAGAUUGAAACGGAGAAUGCCAACAGUGAAGCUCUGGGUGGGCCAGGUGAGCUGGGAGGGGCAGGGCAGCGGGAUGGGGGUGGGCAGAGGCAGUUAUUGUUGCUGCUCUUGCUAGAGCUAUUAUUCACCAGCAAUAAUAAUAUAAUACUGUACUUGUUACUAUCAUACUUGCAAAGCAGUUUUUCUUCUUCCCUAAGACUGUUCCCAACAAGAACCUUUAUCUCAGUGACUUCUGGAACCUGCAGGAUGUUUUGUGUAUUAUUUAGUUCAACAACGUCAACAUUGAUACUGCUUAACAUCCAUCGGUGUGUAUCUGACUAACAUUUCCUUAGACUAGACCCCCACCCCCACCCCCAAAAUGAAUAGGCCUAAGCUAGCCAUAUCCAUCCAUUUCAACCAGAGGUCACUUGGGUGCUGCUAAUGCAGUGGUUUGACUUCACCCCCAGAGGCGCACUCGAUUUUAUCUCGAGACAGACGGAUGCCAACUCUCAGUAGGCACUAAUGGUUCUAUUCAGCGUUGGUCCUAAAGCGGUCCAAGAGACCUGGAGCAAAGGCAUUUGUAAUCUUAGAACUCAAAGGUCACCUGGUCCAACCCUCUGCCAGUGCAGGAAAUCUGCUGCCACAGCAUCGCUGAGGAGGUGGCCUUCCAGCCUCGGCUUAGAAACCUCUAGUGAAAGAGAACUUACCAUCCUCUGUGGACGUGUGUCCCAUUGUUAAAGAGCGCUACCAUCAGGAAGUUCUUCCUAAGGUUUAGCCAAAAAACCUUUGAUAGCUCAGUUUUGGAGUUGUGUAACAUAGCAGGGGGAGGUUUUACAAUAGGUUGGGAAAGAAGGGGAGGGUAUCAGUUCUCUGUCUCCCUCUCCUGAAGCUUCCCCUGCUUCCGAGCCCCAAACAGAACACUACAGGGUGCCAGAGUCCUGGGCAGGGGGUGAGGAUGCACUGCACCAUUUUAUUGUGGGUCUCAACCUUUCCUUCCCUACCCCCUGCAUUUUGGGGGGUGGGUGGGAAUGGGUGAUCAGUUCUACGCGCCAUCCCAUUACGGCAACCGUUUCUCAAUUGCAGGGCGAGUGCUUAUCUGCGCAAGCGACGACCGCACUUGUGCUCAGCUCAAGGAGUACAUCAUGGCUGGGGCAGAAGCUUUCUUAACAAGGCUGUAUAACAAAACCUUUGGGAAGGACAAGGAAGCCACCGUGGCCUGCCUGAAGGACGGAAGGGCAGCCAAGGGCCGGGGCAACGGUGCCAGAGAACCACGGGCCAAGAAAGCCAGAACGGAUUCCUCCAAACCGAAGAAGGCGAAGAAGCCAGAGCUGACCUUGACCCAAAUGCUGAACAAAGAGGAGCAGGAAAACCUGGGAGAGGAAGAAGGCUGUGAGGAAUUAAGCAGCAGCCAAGAGAGCGUUGGAGACGCCAAGCCCGAAGACCUUCACCUGAACCUCUCCUCGGAUGCCUAUUAUGGGAUCUUAAAGGAGCCACUCACUGUGAUCCACCCGCUGAACGGCUGUGGGGACCCUUACGCUCUCACUCGCAUCUUGCACGAGGUGGCACCGAGAUAUGUCGUGCUGUACGACACGGAGCUGACGUUUGUUCGCCAGCUGGAAAUUUUUAAGGCAAGCAGGCCUGGGAGGCCUCUGAGGUACGUUGAGACUUGGUGAGGAAAAGGUCGCAGCUCAGGGGCAGAGCAUCAUCUCUGCAUGCAGAAUGUCCCGUGUUCAGCCUGCGGCUGUUUGAAAACCUCUCUGAAAACCUGGAGAGCUGCUGCUAGUCAGAGUAGGUGUGCUGGUCCCGAGGGUUAACCAUGCGGCAAGGUCCGAGUCCAGUCCGAGGUCGAGGGUGCAGUAUAGGGACUGUCUGGCAAAGCUGAAGCUGGGUCCAAGGCAGGGAGUCGGGUGAGGUCAGGAACUCUGGCAGAAGAGCAGGACAGGGUGCAGGCAGGAACAGGUUACCAACAAUGUUGCUCCCGCAACCUGGGACUGGGCUGGCUGGCUUUUAUCUCCUCCGAGGCAUAGGGCGGCCCCGGUCCACGGGUGACUCGCCUCUCCUGGCCUGGAGGCGAGCACUCCUCCUGCAGGAACUUAGUUCCCUUCGCCUCUCUGCCUUGAGCCUCUGCAGCUCAGGAGAGGCUGGAGGGUUACUGGACCCAGAGGCAACCUCAGCUUCCUCUGACGGGGCUGAGAGUGGAGCACCUGCAGGCGAUGGGUCCUCCAUCACCUCAGGAGCCAGAGCAGACUCGGCUGGUGCCUGCACCUUAGGAUCCAGCACAGGUGAGGACCCUUCAGGCUCAAGCCCCAGCCCCGGUUCAGCUGGUUCUGGAGGCGGGGACUCCUGUGCAGGCUGGGAUUCCUCAGGUUCAGCCUCCAAGUCUGAAUCCCAGGCCAUCACAGUAGGCAACACUCAGCCAAGUAGACCAGUCGUCUUGACACAGUAUGUAGGGCAGCUUCCCAUGUCCCUGUGAGGGAGAACCUCCCAAAAGGGAUUGCUUAGAAUUGCGCACUACUAGACAUGACUGCUAGGGUUCUGCCUCUAUGGUCAUUGGCCGUAUGUCUCCGAAUAGCAGUAGCUGGGAAUAGAGGUAGAGAGCUGUCGCUCUCAAAUCCCACUUCCAAGCUUCCCAUCAGCAUCUUGUUAGCCGCUGUGAGAACUAGAUGCUGGAAUCGAUAGACUUUGGGCCACUGUCUUCUGGAUUUGGAGAGGUCUUUGUGUCUUGCCUUGCAGGGUUUAUUUCCUUAUCUAUGGAGGCUCGACAGAAGAGCAACGCUAUCUUACUGCACUACGGAAAGAAAAGGAAGCGUUCGAAAAACUCAUUCGGUAAGGUGCAUCUUGCAUGCUGCCCUUGGAAAAUGUUGGCCUUUCAAAGGAGCAGCCAGGCACCCGCUGCCAAGGUCCUGGGGUCCCACUACCUGCCCAGAGAUGCCAGCCCUGCAGUGUCAAACAAUAUGUAUUUUGCUUCCGCAGGAUAAAUCUCCCCCCUUUUAAAGCUGGCAGAAUUGUAAAGCUAAUUCUGGUGGAAGCCGGUUCUCUGCCAGAUCUUCCCCUUCUGCUGGCAUAUUUCUAGCUGCUCGAAAGGCAGAGACUGCACAUUGGUUAUCCUAUUGUUGCUAUGCAGCUCUGAGCUCUGGCUUGUUUCAUCUUCCCCCACCCACUCCAAGUGUUACCAAGGUAGCAAACUUAUGUAAGCAGCUGAAUACCGUGAAAGAUCGUUAUAGACUUAUAUAAUAAAAAUGUCAAAUUUGCAAAGGGGGAAAAGAAAUGUUCCCUUGUCUCCAGAGCAAACAGCAGAGCCUUGUGACACCUUGAAGAUUAACAGGUUGGCUGCUGCAGGAGUUCAUGUGGACUAGUGCCCACUUCAUUGUCCUUGGGAAGGGAUUGUGCAUCUGGCGGCAGAACACAUUUUUUUGCGGGCAGAAGGUCCUAGGUUCAGCUUGUGGCAUCUCCAGCUAAAUGGAUCAGGUAGAAAGUAAUGAGGAGAAACUCUUCUUUGCCUGAGACCUCAGAGACUUCUCUACCAACCAGAGCAAACUGACAAAGAAGUCACAAAAUACGUAGUAAAUUGGACAGAAAGCAGUCUGACACAGUCACAAUAUUAAGGACAAGCAGCAUAUUUGGCUAUCCCUCAAGUUUCCCAGUCAUGGUUUUUAGGGGGCAGCGGAGAAAAGAGUUAUCCUCAGGAGGAAAAAAAAGUGUUUUUUCCUGUUUUCUCUCUCUCUCCAGGCCAUCACAUCCCUAGCUGAGCCCCCUCAAAGCUAUUAAAGAUUCUUUCCCUGAAUAUUCAGUUCUCAUUUUAAAAAUAAACAUUUUACUUGUAAAUAUACGAAGCAAAGUCUUUCAGGCAGAAUUUUAACAGAUUGAUUUGCAAGAAGCAAACCUGUUCCCCGUUCCAGUUUUCUGGCUAAAUGAAACUUAAAAUCAGAUAAAUACAAAAUAAAUAACAAUGGCAAAGCAUACCCCUGAAACAACCUCCUCAAAUGUUAUGAAUAUUGUUCUAUGUUAUUUAUUUAAAGAGCACUCCUAACCCUUGGUCGGUGCUGCUGCUGGGGGAUAGAAUACAGCGGAGGUUCCCUCUGCCAGUGUCCCCUGGGUUCAGCCAUUGGGGCAUGUGCUACUGCCAGUAGCAUAAGACCCCAAAACAGAAUAUUCUGGAGCUGGACCAAAGCCAGUGAUGGAGCCACUGGACUUAAAACUGCCAUGUUUCCUGUUGAGGGCUCCACUCUGGGUACCUGUGCUGUGCCAGCCUGAGAGCUGGCAGAGCAGAAAAGGAAAAUAAGCUACACACACACACAGCCACUUCCCUCCUGUCUGGCAGGAACUAACAGGGCUGCAGAUCUGGUGGGGAAUCUGCUGCUUUGUCUUCUCUGCACCAUAUAGGAUUGCUCCAUUAGUCUUGUUGUUAUUGCUGUUACUAAUUUAAAUUAUAUCCUGCCCUUCCUUCCCGCACCGCCUGGUGUAACGUCAGAAACGGGAACAAGUGUUUAUUAUGUUUUCUGGCGAUCUGGAACCAGGGCUCCAAUGUCUUGCCGUGGUUGGUGGAAGCACAGUUAAACUAUGGAAUAGGAUCCCUCAAUAUAUGGCGAUGGCCGCCAACUUAGAUAGCUUAGUGGCUGCUAGUCAGGAUGCCUGUAGACUAUCUCCAUGCCUCUGAACCCCUUUCACUGGGGAAAUAACAUCAAGGGAUGUCCUGUUUGUGGAAAUUCCCUAAACUGAUUGGAGGGAGAGGUACUGCUGUAGCUUUUGCUCCAGCUCGGCAGCAGAAAGGUUUUAGAAUUUUAACACAUCCAUUCUGAGGAAAAUGCCUCAAACAUUUCUGAUCAUAAUUCUUGUUUUUCAGUGAGAAGGCCAGCAUGGUGAUCCCUGAAGAAAGGGAAGGAAGAGAUGAAACAAACUUGGAUCUAGUAAGAGAUGCAACCCCAGCAACUGCUUCCACUGAUACGCGCAAAGCAGGUAAGUUCUUGAUAUCUAUGGGACUAUUUUAAAACACACCUUUCAGGUCUUUUGAGCUGAAUUUUCAUGGACAUCUUCAGUGUAAUGAUCUUCUAUUGUGGUCAAACGGUGGGCUGCCAGAUCAUUUAGGGGCAAACUCAAAUGGCCUCUGAAUUUCACAGCUCUGAAUAGUGAAAGGAGACCAUUUUGCUUAUUUUGGGGGGAGUGGGAUUUACCAUGGGGGGGGCCUUACCCCAACAGUAGCAGCCUCCUUCAGUUUCUAAAAAACUUCAUUUUGCUGCUGUCACAAACCAUGGCAGAGCUUUCCUCUGAACAGGCCAGCUGCUGUUUUCUUUACUUCAUAAUGCUCCAGACAUAAUAUUUCAUUCUUGGGAGGUGGAGGAUGGUGACCACACGCCCCAUGCCCUGGAAUGAUGCUGUGUCUGAAGCAUUCUUGGGGGGAAGUAACAAAGGGUGGGCUGGCAAGAGGGAGCCUCUACUCCUAUUAUUAUUACAUUGUAUUUCUUAGUCGCCUUUCAUCAAAAAGUCCCAAGGGAGGGGGGCUGUUACAGCAUAUAGAAAGCCAAUAUUGUAUAUGAAUAUUUUAGAUUGCCUUGUUAAACCGCUUAGAGGCUGUUAAACCAUUUAGAGACAGAACUGCAGCUAGGAAGCUAGGAUCCAGUGGGUCUCGCUUGUCAGCAGAAAGACCAGUACAGUGGUACCUCGGGUUAAGUACUUAAUUCGUUCCGGAGGUCCAUUCUUAACCUGAAACUGUUCUUAACCUGAAGCACCACUUUAGCUAAUGGGGCCUCCUGCUGCUGCCGCGCCGCCGGAGCACAAUUUCUGUUCUCAUCCUGAAGCAAAGUUCUUAACCUGAGGUACUAUUUCUGGGUUAGCGGAGUAUGUAACCUGAAGUGUCUGUAACCUGAAGCGUCUGUAACCCGAGGUACCACUGUAUGUCCUCUCUUCCCUGAUCCCUUUUGUUUUGUUUAGGUGGCCAGGAAGAGAGGGGCGUGCCGCAAAGCAUUGUUGUGGACAUGCGCGAAUUUCGUAGCGAGCUUCCGUCUUUGAUCCACCGUCGCGGCAUUGACAUUGAGCCCGUAACCUUGGAAGUCGGUGACUACAUCCUCACCCCCGACAUCUGUGUGGAGCGCAAGAGCAUCAGCGAUCUCAUUGGCUCCCUGAACAGCGGGAGACUUUAUACGCAGUGUGUCUCCAUGUCUCGCUAUUACAAGUGCCCCAUCCUUCUCAUAGAGUUUGACCCCAGCAAAUCCUUCUCCCUCACUCCCCGGGGAUCCCUCCAUCAAGAAAUCUCGAGCAAUGACAUUAUAUCCAAACUCACCCUCCUCACUCUCCAUUUCUCCCGGCUUCGAUUCCUGUGGUGCCCCUCUCCAUACGUGACGGCUGAAUUGUUUGAGGAAUUGAAAAGGAAGCGUCCCCAGCCUGAUGCAGCUACAGCCAUGGCUGUCACAGCAGAUUCAGAAAGCCUCCCUGAAUCGGACAGAUACAACCCGGGUCCCCAAGACUUCUUGCUCAAAAUGCCCGGUGUGAAUGCCAAAAACUGCCAGGCCAUAAUGAAUCAUGUUAAGAGCGUUGCAGAACUCGUAACCCUUUCUCAGGACAAGUUGGCCGAACUUCUGGGCAAUGCUGGCAAUGCCAAGCAGCUUUAUGAAUUCAUUCAUUUGCCCUUUACAGAGGCCGUUUCUCAAGGGAAAAACAAGAGGUGAUAAAUUGGAGUGCUUUGGCUAAUUGCUGUCAUGUCUUAGAGCUGAACUGCCCAGUCAGAAAAGCUAUCUGCUGUGAUCCUCUGGGAACUAGACCACUUCAGAAUACAGGUAAAGAUGUUAACAUGAUGGGAUGCUGUCCUAUAGUCAAAGCAGCCCGCCUGUGGAAAGCUAGCACAUUGAGAAGGAUAGCUUUCUGCUUGACACACUAGGUUUCCACACCCAAGGAUUUCAUUUCAGUGAAGUGAAACACUUCACACCUGUGAUCUCCCCUUGCCAUAUCCAUUUUCUGAAUGGGAUGAUUAGUUCCAAAUGGUACAAUGCCUUGGGAAGUUUUAAGAGGCUCUUAUCAGCCUAGAAGCUUUUAAAUGAAGUGUCUUAAAAUUAUAAUUAGAGGUUAAUGAAUAAAAAUAGGUAAAAAAAUGCUAGCAAUCAAUUUUGUAUGAUGGUGAAAUUCUGGGUUGGAGGACCAUGGGACACACUGUAUCACUCUUUAUAAAUGAAUAUUUUGGAAUUAAAAUGCGUGUGUCUGAGUUGAUCGUCUUUUGCAGGCAUAAACGUGUGGGGUACAUUCCAAGCUUACUGGUAUUAGGUUUCAUUUCCAGAAACUACUCCUCUCUUCAAGGAACUGAUUAGAACAGGAGGGGGCUGACUUCUUUGCCUUUGUUUGCUUAUUUACAAGAAUUCCUGUUCCAUCUGUUUCAUGAGUCACUCUGUUUCUGGUGUUCAGGCUGUAGGUGCCGUGGUUUAUGUAGCCAAAACUGCAUCACCCAUGCACAAGAGGAUAGGAUCAGCAGGCUUGGCAAGAGCUUCAAGGCUUGCAGAAGUAAUGUAGGGGGUCAAAUGGGGGGGGGGAGACAACCCAAUAGGGGGACUGCGAAUGCUAGCUGACAGGUGGGUGGGGCUGGAAUCCUGAACAGCAGCACUCACCCUGCAGUGUUUUGCCGCAGCUCCUGCUUUUGUAUUCAUAAAGCAAAUCUCAGAAUCCUUUAACAAUUAUGGCAUUACUGAUUGGUGUUUAAGCAAUCCAAAGUCUGCUGUCGUGGUUAAGAACCUAGCCAGCACCUUGCAGAUCAGACCGAGGUCUGCCUGGUCUAGCAUUCCUUUGGAAGGAUGUUGCUAGCAAUCAACAAAUAGGAGCUGUUCCAGAUGCAAUUGGUCAGUGGUCUGUGGUUUGCUUUUUUCCGUUGCAAAAAAAUCAAUUCUCAUAGAAUUUGCUUCAAUGGGAAUUUUUGGCAUUACAGAUUGCAGGAACAAAGAGCCUCAAUUGAUUAGGGAUUGCAAGAGGGACAAUAGCUUAUAUCCACCUUAACACACACACACACACACACACACACACACACACACACCAUCCUCAUCCAGAAUAAGUGUCUUGCAUUUGCAGUUUGUGUGUGUCAGAGGAAAACUAGGGAGUGCAGAACUCUGCAGUUAAGGUCAUGUGUAGUUUCCAAUUUUAAUUGCAAAUACCAAAAUGUGAAAUUUCCAGUUUUAAGGCCUGGGCAAGUUCAGACAGGUAUACUAUUUUUAUAUGAAGCCUAUCUGAACUAGGGAUGGAAGAGAAAUUUGAUCCAUUUUGCACUGAAAGGCAAAGCUACCUAAUUCACACAUCCUGAAACAAGAUGAGAACCAAAACACAGCCAUCCUUCAAAAUUCACACUUAUCUGAAAUUUGUGGUGCAGUUCUCCAAUCAAGCAAAUUUUACCCAAAAAAAAUUGCAUAUCAGGGAACAGUGUGCAUAACGAUGAAUGUAUUCAUGAAAAUAACAUACAAAAAUGCAUUAUAUUAGGGAAGAUUCUUGCAAGGAAUGUAUAUGUUAGUCAAAAUGGCGUACAAAUGCAUUAGGAGAAAUUUGCCCUAAGAUGCUGAUGGAUUUUCAAGAGGGCUUUUUGUUUUUUUGUUUUGUUUUGCUUUUAAAUCACACAUUGUUGCAAAAAUGUGAGGAACUGGAUUUAAGAUUGUAAAAUUAGAAACUGAGAGAACCGAAAUUGACUGAUCUUUCCAUUCUUCCUCUAAAUGAAGUUGGGUAAGGAUCAUGCCUGCCUUUUAGUAUUUUGAUUAGGAACUGAAGAGUUGGGGCUUCUCCAUCUUUCAUUCUUGGAAGACUGCAGGGACACACAAGGAGCAGCACACGUCUUUGAGUGUUGUCUUUAUUUUUAGCCCACAAUCCAGUCUGCAAAAAUUGCCUGUGUGGUAGUCAUUAAACAUUUAAUUCUUGGACCCAUUGAAACAGACUCCCCAUCCCUACUCUGCACACAUGCACUCCUGGUCAAAACAUUUAAAUUAUCUGUGAAAUAUUUUGGCUUUAGUGGAAAUCAAACAAAAAUGUAAACUUGGGAGUUGAAAGAUAUCCACUUGGGGCUAGAGGACAUGUUAUUCCUAGCGGAAUAUUUCUGUGGAUUUUUAAUUCUAUGUUGUAAUAACCCUGAAUUUCUUACAAUUUUGAGUACCCUCCAAAUGGUAUAUAUUUGCAGAUUUCUCCUUUUCAGAACCUAUACCACAAUAAAAUGUGUUGCUCUUUUAAGGUACUACAAGGUACUUUUCAGAACUUAUACCACAAUAAAAUGUGUUGCUCUUUUAAGGU